ACCUGAACGAGUGCGGACGCGUUUGGCGGAUAGCAAAAGUCCCCCAUUGGAGAAGCUGUAAACAAAGCCAGAAAGUGUUUGCCCCAGUGAUUGCAGUCAGUUCGCGAGUGUCCGUGUGCUGGGCCAUAUGUGUGUAGAUUAAUUGGCCAUUACUGAUCCGCAAACCGAAAGCCCGCAGCACCAUGCCCGAAAUCGUCGAGCUAAACGUCGGCGGCGUGAGCUACACGACCACACUGGCCACUUUGCUGCAGGACAAGACCACGCUGCUGGCCGAGCUCUUCGGCGAGGGCCGCGACUCGCUGGCCAAGGACAGCAAGGGCCGCUACUUCCUGGACCGCGACGGCGUCCUCUUCCGCUACAUCCUGGACUUCCUGCGCGACAAGGCGCUGCACCUGCCCGAGGGCUUCCGUGAGCGCCAGCGGCUGCUGCGCGAGGCGGAGCACUUUAAGCUGGCGGCCAUGCUCGAGUGCAUCCGCGGCGAGCGGGACGCCCGGCCGCCCGGCUGCAUCACCAUCGGCUACCGCGGCAGCUUCCAGUUCGGCAAGGACGGCCUGGCCGACGUUAAGUUCCGGAAGCUGUCGCGCAUCCUGGUCUGCGGCCGCGUGGCCCAGUGCCGCGAGGUCUUCGGCGACACGCUGAACGAGUCGCGGGAUCCCGACCACGGCGGCACCGAUCGGUACACCUCGCGGUUCUUCCUAAAGCACUGCUACAUCGAGCAGGCCUUCGACAAUCUGCACGACCAUGGCUACCGCAUGGCCGGCAGCUGCGGAUCGGGCACCGCCGGUUCGGCAGCGGAACCUAAGCCGGGUGUGGACACCGAGGAGAACCGCUGGAACCACUACAACGAGUUCGUCUUCAUCCGGGACUAAGCGACUACUUGGUGGACUGGCAGGAUGACACUCGAAAACACCCCACCCAAUCCAGCUCUGUAUUGUUAUAUUUCGUUUGUGCGGGCUCGUGAGACAUGACAGCAGGGAAACCUCCCUCGCCAGACCCAUCAGUAUUCCAAGAGCUCCAUUCUGGAGAUUAACCUUCAUUAAUGGGAACGAUCUGAAGGCCGCACAUUGGUUUGAGUUUCAACCCACCUCUUGAUAUACAAAUGGGAACAUUUCAAAUGUACAAUUGAACUAACAAUCCACACUAAAGUAUAGAAUAUUGUUGACAUAGAUAACUAAAUGAGGAAGUGUAGGCAGCUGUUAAUUUAAAUUCUCUCUUUUGCUAAUUUAAUACCUUGAUUUACGCACUAAUCUAUAAAUCAGGGUGGCCCCAUCCAGACUCCUUGAUGAAUAAAAACGAAUUGGGAUUUACUGGCCGACAACAAACGAAAACAAUUUGGCAAGUGCAGAUAACAAAAACAAAGCGAACAUUUUAUUAGACCCAACUUUUGUUGAUGCAGUGUAGUGUAAACAAGAUGAGAAGAAAAAAUAAAACAGAUCAGAUUCAGCAACAGCAUUAGCAUUAGCAUCAGCAUCAAUGAAAUAAUUUCAAAAGAGGCAGGAGCAACAGAGAGAUGACCUCGCCAGCUGGAUAAACGUAUUUGUGGUCAAUCAAUCACACUCAAAUCACACUGAACAAUUUGAAAUACGGGUUACUCUUUGAAACUAACGAAAUAUUGUAGCAACAGAACCACAAACAAGCAAACUCAACCAAAUGGUAAAUCUAAAGUUUUAUUAGCCUAAUAAAAGUCGGAACUUAAAGUAAAAAAUAUACAAAUAGCGAAAUAGGAGAACGGCGAACAACAUAUGGCCCAAAAAAUAUAUAUUGUCCUUAGCCGAAAGCCAGCCUGCAAUCCAUAAAACUCAAAAGCAAAUCGAUAUUAGAAGUACAUUUGCUAUACAAACCAAACAACGGCUGUCACAAGACAUGCCCUUUUGCAAUAACACUUAAAUCGUUUCCGAUUUUCACAUAAAUGGCCGGACUUAAAGUCACUUUUGGUUUGGUAAUUUUUGAGAGCGACCAAUUGGAAAUAAUUAAAUAGUCCAGUUAAAAAAAACAGCUGGCAGAUUUCUUUGCCAAUCCAAGAAAGCAAUCAUCAUUUACCACACAUUAUUUGAUUUAUAUGUAAACUAUUAUGAGAAAUGCCAAAAACCAAAUGGUCACAAGGACUUCCUGUAACUUACAAGGACUAAGAUGGGAAAACGACACAUACGAAACUAAAUUUGCUGAACGUUUGAAACCCCUCUGAUUUUAUUGAUUUUAUCCACAUUGAGAGCGGAUUCAUGAAAAUGUUUUUCGCUGACAUAUCUCGCUUCGCAUUUUCGACAUUUCCGCAGGCUUGCUGUUGAAUUCAUGUUCACAUGAAGCAAAAUUUAUAAAACGAAGCGCUUGGGCGGAAAUCUUAAAUAAAAUGCCGAUGCGCAACAUUGAAACAAAAAACUCAUGAAAUAUACGAACAAAUUGUAUAAAACUAUAAAUUCUUUAAACCGUGUGUAAAAGGACGCGUUGCGUGUGUAAUCAUCAGCAAUCACGUGGUAACUUGCAUGAAAAACUAUUAAGCUCCAUUAUAUACUGACUCCUGACUCGCAGUGAGUUCAAGGCUCUUACACAGAUAAUAUGAAUCGAUAUAUACAAUAUCUAUAUAUACCUAAUUAUAUAUUAAAACAAUUGUCGAUAUUGAAAGUAUCUUAUAAAUGUUUAGUAUUAUAUGUAAUUGAAUCCAAAUUGUGAGGCAAGGCGACGGAAAUGUAUUGUAUCAUUAAUUAAAUUAAACUGAAACUAAUUUAAAUUAACUAAAACAAAAUCUAAAAUAUAUUUAGAGAAGCGCAAGUAAAACUGCUAAAAUAGCCUAUCAAAGUGCGACUAAGCAAGCAUAUGUAUGUAAAGGGGUAUAACUUGCGAGAAGCGAGAGCCAAACAAUAAACUAAAGAAACCAAA